UGUCAACAACGCUGCCUAAAUAUGAGAAAGGCAACUCAAGCUCUGCUGUUCAGCCGCGAUGUUAUUUAAAACUGAGCGCUAUCAUGGCAGGAAUACCGAGCCCUGAACUCAGCGAGGAUCCACCCUUUACUCUGGGAAGACAACGCUUCUCAUGAGAAACUCGAGCUCCGGGGAAUUCUUUAUUUUUCGUCUUGUCUGUCGCGCCUCAGAUGUCGCUCCCGGUGGUGCUGCACGGCUCCUGCUGUCCGAUUACCGGGGCUUCGCAGCUCGCAGAGUCGUCUAACAGAAACCGACCCCGCGGUUUGUCCGGAUCUUCGCGGAUCGGUGGCGGAGGCUCCCGGCUGCUGUUGCCCGGGCGGCCGCUGCUCUCCCUGGGCUUGUUGCAGCUGCUGCUCGGGGGCUCCAUGGUGGCGCUGUCUUUUGGAGCUCUGUCCCUCAGCAGCUCGCCUCCAAUCCGAAACUCCAGUCCGUUCUGGGCAGGCUCCUCGGUCAUUCUGUCCGGCAUUGUAGGCCUCACAACAUGGAGACGACCCAUGCUUCUACUGGUCAAUGUGUUUAUCCUGCUGUCUGUGGUGUGUGUGUUCCUUAAUCUGGCUGGAUUCAUCAUGUGCUGCCAGGGAGCGCAGCUGAUUUCCAGUACAACCAGCUGCCAACUGAGCGAGGCUGGAGAUGUGUGUUACUGCUGCUCUCUCUCCCCCACCUCCAAAUGUCCUGAAGACAAGCUGCUGGAGCUCUAUCCUGCUCACUCCUGUAACACCAUGAGGAUUCUGCUGAAGAAAGUGUUGUUUGCACUGUGUGCUCUGAGCGCUCUGACCACAGCUGUUUGCCUCAUGGCAGCUGCCCUCAGAUACCUGCAGAUCUUCACUGCAAGAACACCCUACAUGGAUGAACCCAGGGCCACCGUGGAAAAUGUGGAAGAGCCUCCUCAGUCCCCUGAUCCGGAUGAAUUUGUGGCCCCAGCCCCUCCUCCGUCUUACUUCUCUACUUUCUGUUCUUACACACCACACCUGUCUCGCCGGAUGCUAGGGAAUAGCGUGAUACCUCUCCUUCAUAUCUAUGGGGCUCGGAUCAAAGGUGUGGAGGUCUUCUGUCCAUUAGACCCCCCACCUCCUUAUGCAGCAGUUGUGGGAAGCUCAGCCAAUGCAGCCACACAGGAGACAGAGCUGAUUCUGAAUCAAGCUGCCACGCCACCCGGAGCCUCUGUUCAAGUCUUGGAUUUGAGUCCCCAAAUGGUGUCAGCAUCACCGAAUGUUGUUCCAAAGGCCAAGCCCCAGCUCCAUCCUCCUCCGUCUCCUUCUUCUCUUCCUCCUCCUCUUCCCCCUCAACCUCCACCUCAGCAACAGCAGAAUAUGCCAGCACUGACAUCCUGCAGGAAAGAAAGGAUCUGUCGCUCCAACAGUGACCCGGUGUUGAGUGACCUCACUGCUAAAGUGUGGAUCAGCAGUGAUGCUCCCCUUGCUCAUCCUCCGCAGACCGCAGACUCUUCUACACAAACUUCCCAGCCCAUGCUGGCUGCUCACACUCAGGUCACACUGCGAAAGGGCAAAAAUAGCAGUAGGACAACACGCCAACCGCGACCCCGGCCCACCUCCAUGGUUGACUACCAAAGCUAUCAACACACACAGCAUCUGGUCAGGAGAAUCCUGGAGCAGCCAGCUGUCCAGGGCCUGGCUCCUGAGGUCCAGGAGCUGGUAGACAGCAUACGUAAUGUCCUGCAGUCAGAUCAGGAGCACAUGGAAGAGGCUGUCCGCUGUGCUAGUUACAUUGAACAGGUGUUCACUGACUCGAAUACGGGUCCCACUCAGCCAAAACCUCCCCAGCAGCCAAGAGGCACUUCCCCCCAGACUUUCCCUCACCUCCCCGAGAAAUGGUCUUGCCUGCUGCACCUUCAGAGCUGCGGUGAUCUGAGCUCCUUCAGCUGUGCAGCAGUCAAGUCUCUGGAACAGCAAGGAAAAAGUAAAACAGCUGGACUGAGGGGAAGCGCUAGAGCAGAUUCAAGGGGACGAUCCCGCCUGGAUCACUCCGAACGUGCUCACAGUCUGACAGGAAUCUUUAGAGAGACAGUGCUUUGAGGGAAAAUCAUUGGUAAUAAAAUGUGUUGGGUGGCGACAGCUGAAUGUUGCUGCUGUUUCAUAGAUAGGACACGGUUAUAAGCCAUGGACUGCAAAUCCAACCACUGUGGAGGAUCUGUGUACAUGAUGUGUGCACAUGAGUUUGUAUGAGUGCAGUUUUUCAAAAACAUUUUUGCUCUACUAAGACUGGCUUAGUACCCAGCAUCCAAAGUUUUGUAUGACUUGUAAACAUUUACUGAUCGAUUAACAUUGUAAUAUGUUUGCAUUUGUUCCAGUCAGUUCAAUACAGCUAUAAAUGACAAUGAUAAUUCUUCGA